AUGAAGAAGGAGCCUAGAUUGGAAACAAGAAUUGGAUGUGAAGCUCGAAUGGAUGUUAAAUUUGUACCAAAAACUGGAAGGUGGCAUAUCUUUUAUUUCUUUGACGAACACAACCAUGAUCUAUUGGAUACACAAUUCAGUGCUAUGUUGCCUACCCACAGAAAAAUGUCAGAGGCAAAUAUUAUGCAAAUGAUGAACAUGCUAAAGUCAGGGAUUAGCACUUCACAGAUAUUUGGUCUUCUAGCUAGUCAAGCAGGCGGGUAUGAAUUUGUUGGCUAUGGUCCCAGAGAUAUGUACAAUGAGAUUGCUCGACAAAGGCGUCAAAUUUCUGGUGAUGCAGCACGAGUGUUGAAGAAGUUGGAGGCUAUGCAGUUGAAGGAUCCACAAUUAUAUUUCAAGGUAUGUCAUGAUUCAAGAGGUUUGUUACGUAACUUGUUCUGGUCUAAUGGGAUUAGCCAACUAGACUACCGACUCUUUAGGGAUGUUAUUGCUUUUGAUGCUACGUACAAAAAGAACAAGUAUAGUUGUCCAUUAGUCAUAUUCAGCGGGGUUAACCACCACAACCAGACAAUUGUUUUUGCUACUGCGUUAAUUGUGGACGAAACUACUUAUACAUAUAUUUAG